CUCAUCACAAGCUCCAAGACAUGGCCACAUGUUGUAGGUCCUUCUCUUCACACAUAUAACUUGCACACUGCCUGCCCUUGUGCUCUGUUCCCCAUAAAUUUGUUGCACCACCACAGAUAAAAAUUACAAGUUCACGAACUCACGAAGUGACCAGACAACAAAACUCAUUCCACGCAGAGCUCUAUCGUGAGACCAAGAGCUAGAAGGUCACCAGCUCCUGCCAUAAAUACAGUAGCUGCACAAGCGCCCCCUCUCCAUAUCCUGGCACAGGCUUAUGCAUGCAUGGAUCUAGCAAUGCCGACAGCGACGUCCACGUCUCCUACUGAGCCGGAGAUGCCAAUGUCUCUGCCGCCGUCUAUGAUCCCGGCCUGCGACCCGCAGGACGGGCCGGCUUGCAUGAAGCUCAUCGAGGACCUGACCACCCACGCCGGUGCCGUCCAGCGGCGCGUCCUUAGGGAGAUCCUCGCCAGGAACUCCCGCACCGACUACCUCCGCGGCUUCCUCGGCGUCGACGCCGAUGCCGAUGCCGAUGCCGAGCGCGGCGCGGCCUUCUUCAGGGAGCGCGUGCCCGUGGUGGAGUACGAGGACGUGAAGCCGUACAUCGAGCGCAUCGCCAACGGGGCCCCUUCCAGCCUCAUCUGCGCCGCGCCCAUCACGGAGCUCCUGACGAGCUCCGGCACGUCGGGCGGGCAGCCGAAGCUGAUGCCGGCCACGGAGGAGGAGCUGGACCGCAAGACAUUCAUGUACAGCCUCCUGGUGCCCCUCAUGAACGCCCACGUGCCCGGGCUGGACCAAGGCCGGGGCAUGUACCUACUGUUCGUGAAGCCGGAGAUCACGACGCCCUCGGGGCUCGUGGCACGCCCCGUGCUGACAAGCUACUACAAGAGCCGCCACUUCAGGAACCGCCCCGACAGCCCUUACACGCGCUACACGAGCCCCGACGAGGCCAUCCUCUGCCCGGACAGCCAGCAGAGCAUGUACGCGCAGCUGCUCUGCGGGCUUUCCCGCCGGGGCGAGGUGCUCCGGGCCGGGGCCGUCUUCGCCUCGGCGUUCCUCCGCGCCAUCAAGUUCCUCGAGGCCCACUGGCGCGCGCUCUGCGCCGACAUCCGCGCCGGCCAGAGCGCGUCCCGGGUGCACGACCCGGCGUGCCUCGAGGGCGUGUCCAAGGUCGUGGCCAUGCCGGACCCGGCGCUCGCGGACGCCAUCGAGGCCGAGUGCUCGGGUUCCUCGUGGAGGGGCAUCGUGAGGCGGCUGUGGCCCAGGUGCAAGUACAUCGACGUCGUGGUGACGGGGUCCAUGGCGCAGUACGUGCCGAUGCUCGAGUUCUACGGGGGUGGCCUGCCGCUGGUGUCGACGAUGUACGCGUCGUCCGAGUGCUUCUUUGGGAUUAAUCUCCGGCCGCUGGACCGGCCCGAGGACGUGGCGUACACGCUGCUGCCUAAUAUGUGUUACUAUGAGUUUAUUGAGGUGGAGAAGGAUGGGGAGGAGGUCCGGGAGGGGGAGAUGGUCGGGCUCGUCGGCGUCCGGCUCGGCUGCUACUACGAGCUCGUCGUCACCACCUUCGCAGGGCUGUACCGGUACCGUGUGGGCGACAUCCUGCAAGUCUCGGGCUUCCACAACGCGGCGCCGCAGUUCCGGUUCGUGCAGCGCCGCAACGUGGUCCUGAGCGUGGACACGGACAAGACCACCGAGGACGACCUCCUCCGCGCCGUCACCGCCGCCAAGCCGCUCCUCGCGCCCCUCCGCCGCCUCCUCUCCGAGUACACCGCCUACGCCGACGCCUCCUCCAUCCCGGGCCACUACGUCCUCUUCUGGGAGCUCACCCCUAAUCCCCUUGACGCCGCCCCCGCCGUCGACGAAGAAGAAGAAGAGGAAGAGGCUUCCCGAUUCGCGGGGGCCAUGGCCGCGUGCUGCGCGUCCGUGGAGGCCGGGCUGGACGCGGUCUACCGGCGGUGCCGGAGCCGCGACCGGUCCGUCGGCCCGCUGGAGAUCCGGGUCGUGUCCCCGGGCGCCUUCGACGCGCUCAUGGACCUCUGCGUGUCCGCGGGCUCCUCCGUGAACCAGUACAAGACGCCCCGAUGCAUCAAGCACCCGGACGCCAUCGCCGUCCUCGAGGCGUACGUCGUGGGACGGUUCUUCAGCGACGCCGUGCCGCACUGGGAGCCGUUCAGGAUCGUCGAGCCCACGGCGGUGGCCACAAUGUCUGCUGCACCUGAUCAGGCGGCGACGGCUGACACGGAUUAAAGGUUUCAGUAGAUAUAUUAUUGAUUGAUGUAUGUGCAUGUGUAAUGUCUAGAGGGAUGUUGUUCUGAGUGUUGAUUUAAUUACUUCGUUCGUAAGUGGGUGCGUGCGUGCGUGCGUGUUCGAUUGUUACACAUUUGAGAUUGAUCGUAUUGUUUGGUUGGGUCAUGCGUGGAUGCGUGCAUCGCCUAUGGGUAUUUCAAUUGGUCAUUGACUCUGUUAAUUGUUGGUGAAUCAAGACAGAUGUGUUUACUUUUCUUCUUCUUUUUUGCGUGGGUUGAGAAAUCGAGGAGUAAAUGUUGUAUCUUAAGCCAGUUCUGUUUUUUCAAAGAGAAUGUUGUUCUUAAUCUUA